GUGGGACGCGGGGCGGAGCCGGAGUUUAGGAAGAGGAGGGGACGACUGUCAUCAAUGAAGUCAUAUUCAUAAUCUAGUCCUCUCUCCCUCCGUUUCUGUACUCUGGGUGACUCAGAGAGGGAAGAGAUUCAGCCAGCACACUGCUCGCGAGCAAGUGUCACUCUACUGACUGGCAGAGACAGAAGAAGUAGAUGUCCACACCCGCAGACCCAGCUGCAAUGCCCCACCCUGGGCCAUCGCCAGGGCCAGGACCCUCCCCUGGACCAAUUCUGGGACCUAGUCCAGGACCAGGACCAUCUCCGAGUUCCGUCCAUAGUAUGAUGGGGCCAAGUCCUGGGCCUCCCAGUGUCUCACAUCCGAUGCCGACCAUGGGCUCGACCGACUUCCCACAGGAAGGCAUGCAUCAGCUGCAUAAAUCCAUUGAUGGGAUGCAUGACAAGGGGAUUGUGGAAGACAUCCAUUGUGGAACCAUGAAGGGAACCGGUAUGCGUCCACCUCACCCGGGAAUGGGUCCUCCCCAGAGUCCAAUGGAUCAGCACAGUCAAGGUUAUAUGUCACCGCACCCAUCUCCACUGGGAGCCUCAGAACACGUCUCCAGCCCUAUAUCUGGAGGAGGCCCAACGCCACCCCAGAUGCCACCGAGCCAGCCAGGGCCUCUUAUCCCAGGUGACCCACAAACCAUGAACCAGGCCAACAGAGGUCCCUCACCUUUCAGUCCAGUCCAGCUGCAUCAGCUUCGGGCCCAGAUUUUAGCUUACAAAAUGCUGGCCCGGGGGCAACCCCUCCCUGAAACACUUCAGCUUGCGGUCCAGGGGAAAAGGACCUUGCCUGGCAUGCAGCAGCAGCAGCAGCAGCAACAGCAGCAGCAACAGCAACAACAGCAGCAGGCGCAGACCCCACAGCCCCAGCAGCAACCACAGCAGCCGCCGCAGCAGCAGCAGCCAGCGCUUGUUACCUACAACAGACCAUCUGGCCCAGGGCUGGAUGCGGUGAGCGGGACCAGCACCCCUCAGAAGCUGCAGGUGCCAGCAACCAGCGGCCGGCCCUCGCCUGCACCCCCCACCACCGCGCCACCCGCCGCUGUGCCUGGGCCCUCUGUCCCACAGGCAGCACCUGGGCAGCCCUCACCCAUCCUGCAGCUGCAGCAGAAGCAGAGCCGCAUCAGCCCCAUCCAGAAGCCGCAGGGCCUGGACCCCGUGGAGAUCCUGCAGGAGCGGGAGUACAGACUCCAGGCGCGCAUAGCUCAUAGGAUACAAGAACUGGAAAACCUGCCUGGCUCUUUGCCACCAGAUUUACGAACCAAAGCAACUGUAGAACUGAAAGCACUUCGCUUACUCAAUUUCCAACGUCAGCUGAGACAGGAGGUGGUGGCCUGCAUGCGGAGGGACACCACCCUUGAGACAGCACUCAACUCCAAAGCCUACAAACGAAGCAAGCGCCAGACUCUGCGAGAGGCACGCAUGACUGAGAAGCUGGAGAAGCAGCAGAAGAUUGAGCAGGAGCGCAAGCGCCGGCAGAAACACCAGGAAUACCUGAAUAGUAUUCUGCAACAUGCAAAAGAUUUUAAGGAGUACCAUCGAUCCGUGGCUGGAAAGAUCCAGAAACUUUCCAAAGCAGUGGCCACCUGGCAUGCCAACACUGAAAGGGAGCAGAAGAAGGAGACAGAGCGGAUUGAAAAGGAGAGGAUGCGAAGACUCAUGGCUGAAGAUGAAGAGGGCUAUAGGAAACUGAUCGAUCAGAAGAAAGACAGGCGUUUGGCGUACCUUUUGCAGCAGACUGACGAAUAUGUGGCUAAUCUCACCAACUUGGUUUGGGAGCACAAGCAAGCCCAAGCAGCCAAAGAAAAAAAGAAAAGGAGGAGGAAGAAGAAGAAAGCUGAAGAGAAUGCUGAGGGAGGAGAGUCUGCCCUAGGACCUGACGGAGAGCCAAUAGAUGAGAGUAGUCAGAUGAGUGAUCUGCCUGUCAAAGUGACUCACACAGAAACCGGCAAGGUCCUGUUUGGACCAGAAGCACCCAAAGCAAGUCAGCUGGACGCCUGGUUGGAAAUGAACCCUGGUUACGAAGUUGCCCCUAGAUCUGACAGUGAAGAGAGUGAUUCUGAUUACGAGGAGGAGGAUGAGGAAGAAGAGUCAAGCAGGCAGGAAACAGAAGAGAAAAUCCUGCUGGAUCCAAACAGUGAAGAAGUUUCCGAAAAGGAUGCUAAGCAGAUAAUUGAGACAGCCAAGCAGGAUGUCGAUGAUGAGUACAGCAUGCAGUACAGUGCCAGGGGCUCCCAGUCCUAUUACACCGUGGCUCAUGCCAUCUCGGAGAGGGUGGAGAAGCAGUCUGCCCUGCUCAUCAAUGGGACCCUAAAGCACUACCAGCUCCAGGGUCUGGAAUGGAUGGUUUCCCUGUAUAAUAACAAUUUGAAUGGAAUCUUAGCCGAUGAAAUGGGGCUAGGCAAGACCAUCCAGACCAUUGCACUCAUCACGUACCUGAUGGAGCACAAAAGACUCAAUGGCCCCUAUCUCAUCAUCGUCCCCCUUUCGACGCUAUCCAACUGGACAUAUGAAUUUGACAAGUGGGCCCCUUCCGUGGUGAAGAUUUCUUACAAGGGUACCCCUGCAAUGCGCCGCUCCCUGGUCCCCCAGCUACGGAGUGGAAAAUUCAAUGUCCUCUUGACUACUUAUGAGUACAUUAUAAAAGACAAGCACAUUCUUGCAAAGAUUCGGUGGAAAUACAUGAUUGUGGACGAAGGUCACCGAAUGAAGAAUCACCACUGCAAGCUGACUCAGGUUUUGAACACGCAUUAUGUGGCCCCCAGAAGAAUCCUCUUGACUGGAACCCCACUGCAGAAUAAGCUGCCUGAACUGUGGGCCCUCCUCAACUUCCUCCUCCCUACAAUUUUUAAGAGCUGCAGCACAUUUGAACAGUGGUUUAACGCUCCGUUUGCCAUGACUGGAGAAAGGGUGGACUUAAAUGAAGAGGAAACUAUACUAAUCAUUAGGCGUCUGCACAAGGUGCUGAGACCAUUUUUAUUGAGGAGAUUGAAGAAAGAAGUUGAAUCUCAGCUUCCAGAAAAGGUUGAAUAUGUGAUCAAAUGUGACAUGUCAGCUCUGCAGAAGAUUCUCUAUCGCCAUAUGCAAGCCAAGGGCAUCCUCCUUACAGAUGGUUCUGAGAAAGAUAAGAAGGGGAAAGGAGGUGCAAAGACGCUUAUGAACACGAUCAUGCAGCUGAGAAAAAUCUGUAAUCACCCAUAUAUGUUCCAACACAUUGAGGAAUCCUUUGCUGAACACCUGGGCUAUUCAAAUGGGGUCAUCAAUGGGGCUGAGCUGUAUCGGGCCUCAGGAAAGUUUGAGCUACUUGAUCGUAUUCUGCCCAAACUGAGAGCGACUAAUCACCGCGUGCUGCUUUUCUGCCAGAUGACGUCUCUCAUGACCAUCAUGGAGGAUUACUUUGCUUUCCGGAACUUCCUUUACCUGCGUCUUGAUGGCACCACCAAGUCUGAAGAUCGUGCUGCUUUGCUGAAAAAAUUCAACGAACCCGGGUCCCAGUAUUUCAUUUUCUUGCUGAGCACACGAGCGGGAGGCCUGGGCUUAAACCUACAGGCAGCCGACACGGUGGUCAUUUUUGACAGUGACUGGAAUCCUCAUCAGGAUCUGCAGGCACAAGACCGGGCUCACCGCAUCGGUCAACAGAACGAGGUCCGGGUGCUGAGGCUCUGCACCGUGAACAGCGUGGAGGAAAAGAUUCUGGCAGCUGCGAAGUACAAGCUGAAUGUGGAUCAGAAAGUUAUCCAGGCCGGCAUGUUCGAUCAGAAAUCUUCAAGCCAUGAGCGGAGAGCAUUCCUGCAGGCCAUAUUGGAGCACGAAGAGGAAAAUGAGGAAGAAGAUGAAGUACCUGAUGAUGAGACUCUGAACCAAAUGAUUGCUCGGCGAGAAGAGGAGUUUGACCUUUUUAUGCGAAUGGACAUGGACCGGCGGAGGGAAGAUGCCCGGAAUCCGAAGCGCAAACCUCGCUUAAUGGAGGAAGAUGAGCUGCCCUCCUGGAUUAUUAAGGAUGAUGCUGAAGUGGAAAGGCUCACGUGUGAGGAGGAGGAGGAGAAAAUCUUUGGUAGGGGAUCUCGACAGCGCCGUGACGUGGACUACAGUGAUGCCCUCACAGAGAAGCAGUGGCUCAGGGUUGUACAAAGCCUGCUUGGCUGAAGCAUCGAAGACACAGAAUCGCAGAGUUAGAAGGCAGCUGAAUGGAGCCUGUACCAUCCAUGCUCAAAUCACACUCUCUUAUGGUCCCCUGGCCAUCUCUCAAAGGAAGCACACUGUGUUUUUGUCUGCAUAGCUCUUCUGGUUCAUGGUCAGCCUGGAUUGUUAGUUCUUUCUCCCUCUGGACUGAUUCUUUUGUCCCUGUAGCUGUUGCAUACUGGCCCCAGUUAUAUUCUCUCGGAUGCACAGGAUAAUAUGCUCCCUGUCUCUAGUUCACCUCACAGCCCUGUAGCUAAAGUAGUUGAGGACUCAAGUCCAUCUGGAGUGCACUUCCCUGCGCUGUUCUUUCUUUCGAACUUUCCCUCGUCCUUCAAGGCCUCAUUCAUUCGUCACCUCCUCUGCAGUACCUCCUGGAAAUAAGAAUCACCCUUUCCAUGGUGCUGUCAUGUUUCUUUGCUUGUCCUUCCAUUACAACUCAUUCCCAAUUUCCUGAUCUUCUGGGUCAUUGCCAUCUUGCCUGAUUUCUUGAAUAGCUCCUAUGCUGGAUCCGUCCGUAUCUUGAUGGAAUUGAGUAAGUCUGUGUGCACAUGAAAAGCACAUUCUGUUUGCCACAUUGACUGCACUGGAUUGGUGCACAAGAGGAAAGUGUUCUCUGGGGUAACGUCCCCAGCUACACCUCAUGCACAUAAAUGUGCAUUUUUAAAAUUAAAAAAACAAAGGUGUAUUUUUUACUCUCACAGCCUGUGAUGUCUUCCCCACUGGUGAGUGUGUAUGUUCAGCUCUGCAGUUUGGUCCUCUCCAUUCCCAUGAGCUGAAAGUAGGGAAAACUACACGGCAUGGUGAAUGUUGAGUUCUAACUGGCUGCACCUGGACAGUCACAGGUCAUUCCCCUCACAUUUCAUUGGCUAGAACCUGGUGGUGUGGCCACUCCAGCUGCCAGGGAGGCUGGGAAGUGUGAUUUGGGAAAGGUAGGCCCAGAAAAGCAAGAUUUUAGCGAAUAGCUAGCAAUCUCUGCCUCAGCACACUUAGGUUAACUUUGAGUGAUAUUGCUACUUUACUUUUAAAAUGUUACAGUUUCAUCACAAAGAGGGUUUAUUCUGUAAUCAUAGUGUGCUAUGAAGAAAUUCUCAGUGUCCUUGACAGAAUCUGUUUAGUUGGAGGAUUGUAAAAUAUAUAUAUAUUUUUUUCUGUAUUUAUAGUGUUGUUUUUAACAAGGAGGCUCACAAUUUCAAACACAGCUCAGUUUUUUAAAAGGAACUACUUUGUAUUGCUUUGAAAUCCCUGUUACCAUUGACACUUAAAUGUCGUUUGCAUUAGACGAUCUCAAGGUAACUUCAUCUUUUUGAGAUGGUUGAUUCAACAUUGAUUCACCCAGUGGGCUGUUUCCUGGGAGCUCUCAUCCCAUCUUAUUCCCAAAGCGAUGUCUGGAUAGAGGAGGAAACUGGUGUUUCCGCAUGACCUUAGGAGAAUAUACCCUGGUUCUCUUCCUAUCCUGUGGUUCUCCAUAGAUGUCAGUGCAGCUGUGCCGCUCUGCUGUUAUCCCAGGAGGACAUGACAAGCUGAUCUCAUCUCAUGCUUUCUGGAAAUUUUGAUGAUAUGUGCUUUUGAAGGCUCAGGUUCCAGGUCACCAGCUCUAGCAGAAGCUGUCAAACAUUCUGACAUGCCAGUGGGACUCCCCGUCUCCGCUCUCAGCUAUACUGUGUCCUGUUUGGGGGUCUACAAACUCUGGGUUGCUUCCUGCACACUGUGCUGGAACACUUGGGAUACAGCGACUUUGCCCCAUUUCACAAUCGUAGCCAGGAGGUUACCAAGCCUGAAGUUCCUGAAAAUGUAAGGAUUGGGUAGAUUAAGGAACUUAUCAUAAGAAGCAAUCCAAAACAUCUUAUGUUUACAAAUUUUGUAAAAGUUUAUGACCAUAUAUCACAAGGUAAGGGACCAUCCUAAGGCUUUGCACAGAGUUUGUUAGAAGCCGGAAGCUUCCCAGUAAACUCACCUCUGAGUACGUUCAGUGCCUUGUUCUCAUGCUCCUCACACCACCCUCUACAUCACCCUAGUUUGGAUUCUGAAAGGGCAAAAUUCUGUUUCAACCUAAACUUUAAAACAAUGCUGUCAGUAAUGACAAAUUCCAUGAGUUAAAAGGCAUAAUUCUAAAGGGCCAGCCUGAAUAACAUGAAAGAAAACCAAACAAACAAACAACACACACACACAAAAAAAACUGUCCUCACUCAGGACUUGGCCACACUUUGGGGUCCAUAGGCUUUUUAUACUUUUUACUGAUUCACUAGAAAUGCAAGAAUUCCCACAAACCCUUUGACCUCCAUAAUUUGUUGGAAUGGUGAAUGGAAUUUAGAAAAAAAGCCUUUUGCUACUAUAGUUUCAUUAAGAAGAAUACAAAUCAAGUGUACUUACCAGCCAAGAGAGGCAGAGGGUGAGUUUGGAAGGGAAUCCAAGUGCCUCCAGACCUCUCUUCAUGGAAUCAGGGUGCAGCAUAUGCCCAGAACAUUAUGAGUGUGUUUUCCAAUGAGGCUGUGCACUGAGCUUCAGUUCGAUAGUUCUCACUGGGACUUUACUACACAGCCGUAGUUCAUGAAAUCUUUAACCAUGUGACGGCACUCAAUCUCCAGGCCCUCUGACCUCCCCGGAGAUCAGGUUGGUACAAAGUUCCAGCCUACUAAUGACCAUGUUUGGUCUUUAUGGCAGCCAUCCCCCAUUGAAUACAAUUUAGGGUUCUACCAAGAAUCACCUCAUUGACCUAUUAUCAGGAAACACCAAGGGCGUAGAAACUCUAUGCCAGGAACACAGGAAAAGCCCAAAUUGUUUCUUAAACAGCAAGUAGCAGUAUUUUCAGGCCUGAUUUCAUUUCUGUCUUCCUCUUUGCUCCCUUUUCCUUCUUCCUACAGAAGAAGGUUCUCUGUCUUGCCUUUCUGUUGGACAGCAACUUUUUGUACAUUAUGUGUGCUGGCAGAGUGCCCCAUACUGUGGCUUCUGAUACCAUUCUGAGGCUCUCCCUCUGCCAGGCUUGGCUUUUAGCUGGGGAGGGCCUUUGGAAUGGAGAGAACUCUUUUUUGGCCAUUCACACUGAGUUCACCACUUGAUGAAUGAGGAUCUGAUAAGCACAACCAGGAGGUAAAGGAAUGGAGAGAGGUUUGCUACUUCAAACAAGAAAGGAGUUGAUUUGCGAAGCAGUAUCCUCCAACUAAGAAAGCAAUGGCUUGCAGGGGGUGCGGGUACGGGCACUAUACAUAUUUAUGCAGGGACGAUUCAUCUAUCAUCACAUGUGGAGAUGGACACAUUCAUGAGCACGCUCCACUGAGGUCGUAACCAUGCAUUUCCAAAAGGAAAGAUAGAGGGAACAUCUGUAAGCAUGCUAUGUUAUAAUCCCAAGUUCAAAAGGAGAAAUAACAGGCAUGAAAGUCUUAGGGCAGAGAAUUUUAACAUUAUAAUGAACCAAGUUUUCUUCAAGUCACCUAAAAAGAAUGAGUCAGAGUGACUUGGAGGUUUUGACUGAUUCCUUUUAAGUUUCUCUGUAGCAACCUUGGCUGAAAUGAAAGGAAAAAGAGCUUCGAGGGUUUAUCACUGUGCUUGUAAAGGGCAGCAGCUUUUCUCAUGUAUCUUGGGAGCUCUGCUGCUGCAGCCGCAGCUUCCCUCUUUGCAUCAGUGAAGCCUGGGGAGGAGUGUUAUUUCAUGGCAGGAUCACAAUCCUGUUUUGGAAAUCAAAGGUAUUAUUUGUCUUUGCACAUCUACCUUAUCAUAAUCUUUCUCAAGACAGUGGGUCUGCUCCUGAACAGAGAGUGACCCAGCUGGAAAACAUGGAAAAGAAUGUUAACAUGCUGUAAAAAUAUUCUGUAUAGUUCUGCUUGACAGCAUUUCUGUGAUGUACUAAAGGCAGCAGAAAAUGCUGUAUUACUUAUUGCAUUUGUAUGUGUGCAUUUGCACACACACAAGGAUUGGCCUGUCUUGAUGAUAUCUUGGAAAAACACCAAUGUCUUUAAGUGUAAUAGCAGGCAUUUCAUCUACAAAUUGGGAGAGACUUCAGGUGCAACUCCUGGGCCAGGGCUUUUUGAUUUAGCUUCAGCCAUGUAUUCAUGGACUGUGAUCUUUCUAGCAUCAUAAUGCAGCCGUUGUCUUGAAGCAGGGGUCUGUGAAAUUGAGAUGACUAUAGAGUUUCAAAAGUGGGCUGGAAGAUGAUUUCUGAAACACCAUCCUUUUCUUCCUGUGCCUCUGGUCCUGCCAAUUUCAGAACCCUUCCCUUGCUUAAAAACACUUAGUGUUAGCCCUGAAUUUAUUUAAUUGCUGAGUGAUUUUUGCCCCACAGCACUUGAAGAUAAUUGGACUGCAAUCUAGAUUAUGUGCUUUGUAUAAUGCGUUAUUGGCAGCCGGGUGGAAGAACAAAUUUUGGAGAAUAUGCUUUCAUCUCACAGUUGGUCUGAUUUCUUGAAACUGUCAUUUUUAAAAGUCCUCCUCUUAUUCGCUGGUGUAUCUUGUUACCAUUCUUAGGGCCUAAUUUGUUUUCUGUGGGAUCUUUACGUAUAUAUGUGUGGUUGCUUCUUCUAGUAGAUCUCAUAGGCUCCUGGUGUUGAAGCCAGAUGCAAACCCUGAGUAGUUUGGCCUCAAUAAACUCUGAACAUUAAUGACAAUGCCCACUGUCUCAGAUCUGUGACUCUUGCAAAAUACCCAGCUAGUUGUCAAUGUCAUAGAGUUUUUUAAGAGGAAUUAGAGGAAGGACAAUCCCUUCUGUUUCCUUGAUCAGUCACCCAUCAGAUUAGAGAUCUCGUUUCUCAUGGUCCAUGUUCUUGAAUGGAGUACCUGUGAUUGUCACAUCUGCUGCCCACUAAAAGGAAUGCUGGGAGUUUUCUCUUCCUGAAGUUAGAAGUAGAAAAGAGAAACUGAGUUUCUUGAAGUAUGCAGCAGUAGUAGGGGGUGAUCAGUAACAGGAAGUGUGUCCCCUCUCAGUGGAAUUUAUUCUGGUGUCCUAAAAAGCUGCAUGGCGUCAGGAGGCACAUACAGGGUCAGUUUGUUUAGUUGCCCGCCUGCUUCAGGUAGCCGAAUGGCUAAACACUACAAAGAAGAGGGUGGACAAAUCCCUGGAGACUGUAGCCACAGAAAAUUGGAAAAAGAGUAAGGAAAAUGAAAGAAAUUGGGGAUUUUAAUAGUUGAAGGUCUGUGGAAAUAUGCUGUGAGAAAUAAAAUAUUUUCACACAUGCAUGAACAAGGCUGUUGGUUUUUCUUUCUCUAGAAAUCUUUGAGAGCAGACAGGGUUUCCCCUAUCUGGGCGAGAUGAAUUACGACCCAGCCUGAUAGCAAAGAUGGGUUGGGAUCUUUCAUCCAUGUUUCAGCGGAGAGAAUUAGUGAUUUAAUAGAAAACGUACCUUUCUUCAAAAUCACUCUAUUUUUAUAUUAAUAAAAUGUUUUGGAUCUUUUAUCUAAAGCACAACAGAGGGAAUAUUUUUAAUAUUUUCUUGAUUUUGUUUUUGAUUAUUCCUUAGCUUGUCUUACAAGAUAUAAAACUUCUAAGAAUUGACUUUUAUUUUUUUAAAUCAAAUGGUAAUUUUAAAAUUAGGUCAUCAGAUUUACUGGGGCAAAAUUUUCUACGAAGGUGCAUUUCCAUUUUUAUACACAAGGGAGAGCUAAGGCUCUAGAAAAGAGAUUUAGACUUUGCCAAAUUCCAGUUUAUUCAAUACUUCAGAAUGGAAGUGUUAAAAGAAUUAAUUGGGUUAAGAAUUGUGUAUUGUUUGAGGAAGUAUUUGGUAGCUACAAAAUAAUUGUAGGAACUUUCUACAAUUUUUUUAAUGUUUAUAUAUAUAUAUUUACUGGAUUGCUUUAAUAGAAAUUGAAUCCUAGAAUGUUUCUUUAGUUAGAAUUCAGUAAGAUAAAUUCAGAAGAAGAAAUAAAUCCUCAGAAGGCUGAGUAAAAUAAAUAUUAAAGGUUAAGCAAUGAGAAAAAUUCAUUGUGAAUUUUUUAAACAAACAAAACAAAAACAAAAACCUUAAUUACUGGCAAUUUUGGUCUUGAGGUUUAGCCUUCUAAAUGAGGAUUCAGCACUGAUAUCAAACUCAGUCAUCAAAAGAAAAUGUUGAAAAUUGGACUUGUGUUAUAGAUACAAAAAAGGCCCAAUAAGCUCACACCAUUUUUAGAUGCACCAUAUAUCAUUUGCUUCUGCAGAAAUAAGGUUUUAAUAAUAUUCUUUUUUGAAUCAAGAUUUGGGUUUUGUCCUAUAGGUUUUGUUUUAUUUUUUUAGUAAGGCUAAAUGGGUAAAAAUCUUCAUUCGGAUUAUGGGAUUGGAGAAGAGGUUAGGAAACUACAACCUGAGUCUGGUGUCUAAGUGGGUAUCAGAAAAAGAACUUUUUCUUUUUUGGUGUCUGAGACAGUUUUGCUAUGUAGUUCAGGCUGGCCUUGAACUCAAUUUGUAGCCCAGGCUGGCCUUGGACUUGUAGUGAUCCUCCUCCCUCAGCCUCCUGAGUGCUGGGAUUACAGGCAUGCACCACCUGGUCCUGCCAGAACUGAUGUUUUUGAUGGUCCUCUGCAAGAAGGAUUUGAGGAUCCUUGCUGACAGCAUAAGCCUUGGAGUCUGGUGAUCCAAGGGUUUAAAUUCCAGCUCUCCCUCAUGAGUGCUCUGACCCUGAGUAUCCCAACCACCUCUCAGAGCUUUGUUGCCCUCUUCUGUAAAAUAGGAAUUCCUAGCUCUUUCUACAGAGGGCGUUCUAGGGUUUAAUGUGUAUAGAACAAGGCAUAAAGAAGGAUCCAAAACUACAUACUGGUUUUAAAGAAAAAGUAUUAAAUUAUUUUUGAAAAAAACCUAAUGGGUAAUAGGAGAAGGUGAAAAAUUUUCUUGUGUAUUCUGAAGACAAGGUUUAAAUUUACAGGAGAAAGGUGAAAUGGAGGAUGAACAGACUGCUUUCUUUCCUCACUCAUGGAGGUAAAAGAGGCUAUGUCUACCUACUGAAUAUGUUAUAGGACAUGACCAGAGGCUUAUAUACCUCAAGCAAAACAAUCUACACUCAGCCAUUAAUUCUCUUUACUGCGGGCUUCACUUUAACCCUCAGUGCUUGCAGGAAGCACAAGACUAGUACUCAGGAGCCUAGAUAGCAACCUGGUCUAUAGCCACUAGUGUGUGGUCGUGGGCAGAUCUCUUGACCCUCCUCCCAACUCCUGGGGUGAUCCUAUUAAGACCUAGAACUUUAGGCAGGCUAUUAGUUCAUCAGAAUAGAACUGUCAUGUGUGGGAUUAGUGCCCUUAUAAAAGGGAUCCCAGAGAACUCUCUAGUCAUGUUUCUGCCACGUAAUGAUAUAAAAAGAGGUCAGCCAUCUGCACACCAGAAGAGGGCCCUUAACUUCUGCCCUUCAAAAUUGAAAGAUAAAUUUAUGUUUGUAAGAUCCAUUAGUUUGGGUUCUCCAGGAAAACAGAACCAAUGGGAUAUAUGUAAGAGGAAACUGGUUGAGAAUUAGCUCAUGCAAUUGUGGAAACCAGGAAGCCCCACGAGAUGCCAUCUGCAAGAUGAACAUCCGGGAAAUCCAGUGUUAAUUUAGUCAGGGUGGGAGGUACUGCUGAUAUAUAUCCCAGAUUCCAAAAGCCUAAGGAGUAGGUACUCCAGAAUCCAGGGGCAAAGGAUGAUGGAUGUCACUGCUCAGUGAGGUAAGAGAAGGAAUUCACCUUCCAUCUACCUUUUUGCUGUAUUCUGCCUCUUAGUGCAGACUGUGUAAUUCCAGUCUGCAUUCCUGAGGGAGAGAACUCAGUCCACUGAUUUAAAUGCCUCUCUCUUCCUGAAAACACCCUUAUAGAUACAUCCCUAAAUAAUGUGUUACUGGCUAUCUGGGCAUCCUUUAGCUUAGUCAAGUUAACUUGUGAAAUUAGCAAUCAUUUGUACCAACCCAGACUAAGACGUGGGUCCUUUUUAUAAACUUUGAUUUGCAAGGGUCCUUCCAACUAAGUCUGUAACAUUGCAUAAAGCUGUUUUUGCUUUUACUUUUUACCAUGGUUUUAAUAAUGAUAUGUCCUGCUUUCUUAUCCAAGAACUUGUGAAAAUUUAAUUUACUGUCCAUAUAUUGAACAUUGAUCAAUGGAGCCAUGCCUUUACUGUGUUUAAACUGGGAAGAGAAGUGUUGUUCAGGAUGAUGGCUCACAGUCAUGGCUGGCCUACUUUAUUAAUGCAGUUAAAAGCCAGACUUGAGGAUGCUAUUAGGGAUGCUGUUGCACAGUUAGCCAGCUGGAAGAGCUUGUCAAGAACAUGUCUCCAAGUGUACACAGAUGGGAAUUAACAAAGUUGAAAACAGAAUGUGAGAUGCUCUAACUUAUAGGGUUUUCAAGUAUUUGGGAAAUCAGCAGAGUUUAAACAACAUGUAUCUUAUGCUGAAGUUUUAAUGUCAUCCCUCUGGGGAUGAGAUUUAUAAGUGUCCCUUCCAAGUUUCAGACUCCCAGAGAAAGAGAAGGCCUUUUUGACCAAAGAGUAUGGUCUCCAGACACAGAAGACAAUUAGAUUCCCUUUCCUGCUGCUGUUGAGGGCUCAGUCUUUCUCAUUGCAACAGCUGUGCCUAUUUGGUUUCUGCCAAUCCUGCCAAUCCCCAAAGGAAGCUGAAGUGCAGCAGUGUAUUCAUUCACCAUUGUCAAAAGAAAGAGAUUGAGGAUUCAGGUACCAAUAUAACAAGGAUGUAGGGCAUGUGACAUUGGCAGAUCCUUGAUGUUGCAGAGAAUAGCUGUCCUUUGGCCAGAAGAGUUCAGAUGGCUAUCCAAAGCAUUCAGAGGGGACCUUCCAGAACAAAUAUUAGCUCUCAGCUCUCAUCCCUGUCUUGGCAUAAUCCUCAGUGGCCUCCCAUUGUAAGUAUGGUGAAAUCCAGACACUUCAGCGUGGUCUAUAAUGCUGUGGUCUUUUCUUUCUCCUGCUGUCUGGUCAGCUGCCCCACUCCCCAGGACUUUCUUUCUGGUUCUUCAUAUUCUGGAAACCUGUCUCUCAGGUUGUCACGUCUCAUUAUCCAAAUGAGCCCUACACAGAGAUACCCUUCUUGGCCACGCUUGCUGAAAUACUUAGUCCCUGCUAUCAAUUACCACAUCAUGUCAAUCAGUUUUCUACAUGGCUAUUGCUUCUAUUUAAAGGUUGUUUACUUGUCCUUCCCACCAGCAUAAGGUUCCAGGAAGACCAGGGUCCUCACCUGACUCUUACAUCAAAGAACCUAGAGCAGCAUUGUCCUUACAGUACAAACUCAGUGAGUGUGCAAAUAAGCGAAUACACCAGACAGACACAAGGGUGAAGAGAGCAGAUUGGUCACAUUGCAUAAUUGUCAUGAUGAAGUCGGUUAGAGUCACCUGCUGUCUUUUUUACUAAUAGGAAGAAAUUACUGGCAUGUCUCCUAUUAGAUUUGUCUUCAUGUAAAGGUUUCUUUUCUUUUUUUUUUUUUUUUUUUUUUUUUUUUGUGUGUGUGUGUGUGUGUGUGUGUCUUUUUCCUUUUUAUCAGUACCGGGGAUCGAACUCAUGACUGCCUGCUUGCAAGGCAGACGCUUAUGCCACUGAGCUAAAUGCCUGGCCCAAGUAAAGGUUUCUUAAAAAGAAUGCUAAAGGUGUACCAUUUUGACAUAAAAGUACUUUUGAGCUUUCUAAGAAUAUGAAGGCUCCAUUCUAAUUUCAGAACACAUUGAUAAAAAUUAUUUAAGUAUGCAUCGAAAGUACAACCAUUACUUUAACUCAUCUAUUCCUCAGAAACCCUAAUAGAUUUUAUAAUAGCUGUCCUCUAACUUGGGCACUUGGAUUUCUUUUUUAGCAAAAAACUAGAUUAAUGGAGCUCAUCUAACUCAAAAUUAAGAGACACACAAAAAGCACUAAGUUAACUGGGCUUUAUUUCUCAAUCUUUUGUAAGAAAGUUCCCUGUAUGAGUAUGCUGAUUGGGAGUAUAAUGCCAUAUUGCCUUUUUGAUGGUUUCCCUUCUUAUUUUCUAUUAGGAAAUGAACUGUUAGACUCAUAAAAAAAUUAUGAAUGGAAGCAUGACAUUUUGCUUUGGGCAGUGCUUGAUUCUUGUACUGCUACUUCUAGAGAAAUGAAAUAGUGAAAGUCAUCACAUUCAUAGCCUAUCACAGGGAGCACAUUCUAACAUACGUGGUGAUGUCUCCAUACUUUUCCCUUAGACUAUGUAGAACAUUUUCCCAGAUUAUUUUAAAUGAUGUCCCCUUCAAAGUUGAAUUUUAGGGGCUGGGGAUUUAGCUCAGCAGCGUAAGCGCCUGCCUUGCAAGUGUGCGGUCCUGAGUUCGAUCCCUAGUACCGAUAAAAACGAAAAGACAAAAAAAAAAAAAAAAAAAAAAAAGUUGAACUUUAUGGAGACAGCCAGUGACCCUCUUUUCUUCCAUUCUUACCUCUGGUAACUGUGAAAGGACAGUGGUUCAGACCUUGAGAUAUGGGGGUUUCUGGCUGCAGAUCUGUCACUGUUUGUUCCUGUGAUGUGCUGGAUAGGUCCCUUUACCUCCUGCGCCUUAGCUGCUUUGCUAUACCAUGGAGACCUGAAUGGGAGAGUUGGGAUGGGAGAGAGAGCACAGCCAGUCUCUCCUGCCAUGUCACUCACUGUUCAACUGUGGUGAUCCCAGAAAGAACGAUGUGGAUUUAGCCCUGGUUGGCUCCACUUCAGCAAGACAAUUCUCAGGAAUUAGAGUGCCAAAAUUUUUCUCCCUGUUUUUAGACUUGCUUUCAACAAUCCAUCUUGACAAAGGGUUCUAUAGUGCAUCUGUGGACUCGGAUUGAUCCAGUAUGGAGAUCUCAGUUCACUUGCUUGUUGCAUUUGAAGAGCUGAGGCACUCGUGUGUGCUAAUGGGACCUGCAUGGCACAGCCUGUGAAGGGAGCAUCUGCAACUCCACGCUGUGGGUGAGGUCUUCAGCAAUUCUUUUUAAACCAAGAGCUAGAACUGCCUAGCAUCUGUCAUCUACCAAAGAUGGGCAUGUUAGUACAUGCUUAUAGUCCUAGCACUGGAAAGGCUAAGGUAGGAAGAUGUAGAGUCCCAGCUAUCCUGGAGAAUUUAGGAGCUUAGAGAGGCUGUGUCUAAAAACAAAAACAGAAACAAAAAUAUCCCCCAAAACCCUACCAAGCUGGCCAGCUGAUUUUUUUUUUCUGUUGCUGGGAAUUGAACCUUGGACCUUGUACUUACUAGGCAAGAGUAACCCUCCACAUGCCAGCUUCCAGCUGAUCCUAACCUCCCUUGAGCACUAUGUAGAAGAGACUAUAACAGCUACUAAAUGGGUCUAUAUUGUUGAUUUUAAGAAUCAAAAUUUCUUCCAACUAUCAAUAUCAAAUCCAUUUGCAUUUACUUUAGGCUAAAAAUAAAUCAGCACAUUAAUUUCAUGAUCUAUCAGGCCCUGGUGUCUCUAGGUUCCACAUCCAUUUUUUUCAACCAAUCAUAGAUAAAAGUGCUGAAAGCAUCUGUGUCCAUUCUGAACAUGUUCAGAUUUUUCUGUAGUUAUUCCCUAAACAUAUUGCAACAACCAUUUACUUAGCAUUUAAAUUAUAUUACAUAUUAUAAGUAGAGAUGAUAUGCCAAAACCAUGCUUUUUUUAUAUAAUAGAUAUGAGUUUUUAUGAGUUUUGAUAUCUGUGGGUGACCUGGAAUCAAUACCUCGCAUUGCCAAAAGAUGACUGUCAUUGGAACACAUGGGGAAAGACAUUGUGAAGUCCAACAGCGUCAGCAUUCCUAAGUGAUCACUGACAUGAACAUUUGUUCUCCAUUAAUUAACCCAGUUUUGGGAUUCACUGAUAUUUAUCACUGUCUUACCUGGCUGUGUGAAUCUGGUGAUUGACUCUUAGCUGUAUUUUUCAAUAUUUUAUAGAAUCCUUAUCUAGAACAUCUGGAGCUUUGGCUUUUUUUUUUUUUAAUGUAAAGUUUAAAGUUUACUUGGAGGUAUUUUCUUGUCAUAAGAGCAUAAUGAAAACAGAGGAGUGCUGGAAAGAAAAUAGAAUCACCUACAACACUGCUGACCUUCACAUGUCAAGGCUGUAGAAGGAGCCAGGUGGAAAUCACCGCCAGAGUUCAUUUUGGUGCCAUCAUGUUCAGAAGUAUUUUUAACUUGCUGCGAGUCUCAGUUCUUUAGCACCAGUAGUUUCGGUGAGCCCAGGGUGCUCUUCAAGCCUCAGCCUGUUGGUGGUAUUUUCAAGUCUCACCUUUCCCCUCUGCCAGGAGAACACCCUGUUUUACAGGGCAAGUACUUGGUGCCAGCAGUCUACCUUUUUUGUUCUUCUGACCAUACAGGAUAUGUAGGGGCAUGCCUGCCUUCCCACACUGGAAUGGAGGACUUUGCUUCCUCUCUGAAAACCUCUGGUGCUGCAGAGGAUGUUUGUCAUUCUUUUUGAGAAACAGCCUCUCACCUGUCUUGUGUUAUAUAGUUGGUGCUUUUUUACUAUUAGAAAGUCAAAGGCAGACAUCAUCCUGGUCGCCUUCUCAGUAUGUAUGCAUAACCAAAAUUCCUUCUCAGACAAUUUUCAGAACUUAUUUUACCUUGUAGUACUGGUGCACGCAGGAUAUUGGGCACAUCAGGCAAGCACCCUGCCACAGAACUAUGCCUUUCCCUUUCCCGGGGGCGGGGGACAACGAGGACUACGACUUUCCUUGAGUCUAAUCAGGCGGUCUCACAAUAUCUGUCUUCUCCUUUCUCUUCUCUGUGUCAGAUUGUGCCAGGUAGGACGCUAUAAGUACACUCUACCUUUUCAAGCACUCUUAAAGACUUGGAAUAGAUAUUGUUCCAUUUUAUAGAUGAGGAUUUAAGCCUCCCCAUGCAAAAGCCUCGUAUGUAUGGAACACAGUUCUGGAAUUAACAUUUAAUUCAUCCCAGGUAUGUUCAUUUAGUAGCAUUGAAUGCUGUUUAUUGCUAUUUAUAUUUUAUUGAUGAGUAUCUGUACAAUCUGUGGGGACCAUGGAUGUUCCAUAGAAAAUGAGGAAAUCAUAAUCCCAAUCUAAAGCUCAUUGUCUGCAGAAUCCACAUCCUGCUCUCUUGGCUUGUGAAUUCUGUCCACUUCUUGAAAAAGUAUAGGCGCUCCAGUCAGAUGAGGAACAGGUGGUCUUAAUGACCUGGGAGGUCUCACGCUGGAAAGCUUUAAUACAGCCUCCUGGAGGGAAUGUAAAACAAAUGUGGAAGGCUGUUAAUCCAGCUCCUCCUAGGGAGGGUUCUUUGUGAAUUUUCUUGAACUGAGCAGCAGGACUCUGUGGACGUUUUUAGAGCUGCAGGUCAGUUUCUCCAACCUUCUCUGGCUUUGUUUCUGGGGAAGCUAGCCUCUCGCCUGCCCUCUUCUUUAUCUUACAUAGUCUGGUUACAUUCUGCCUUUGAACUAAGGGGUGUUGAGCUCACUUCACGUAGGGCGAUCUUUCUUUUUUUUUUCCACUGUAGGACUGGACAAUUUUUUUCCUUUUUAAAAGACAUUUAACUCUCAAAGCCGAAGCAAGACUGACUGUUGUACAAUUACAGUUAAAAUAUUAAGGCACUUUAAAGAGGUAAAUUGGAGCAGAAUAAACUAAAAAUGGAGGGGUUCAUCCCUCAUCCUUAACUGGUUUAUUCUAAUUUACUGUGUAUACUUUCCUUUGAAUAGUAAUCACUUAAGCCAGGUGUUAGGCUGUUCUUCCUUGGUAAGCCCUGCUAUUUUCAGAAAGGAAAGGAGUAAGUAAUACCAACUUAAUUUUAUCUUGGCCAGAUUUUUGGGUCCCACCAGUGAGCAAGGCAUCAAUCUAGCUGCCUUUGGAAGCUUCUUUUAUUAAAAUAGUUCUUUAAAAAAAUUCUGGAAGCGAUUUCAUCCUGAUAGGUAAUUCAAAUAUAUUUUCAAAGAAAGUGAACUUCUAUAAAACACAAUUAAACCAACUGUGUGAAAGUGUGUUAUGAAAGUGUAAGGGAAGGAGGGACAGGGUAUUAACAUAAAUGGUGUUUUAGCCUUUUCUUAAAUGAUGAGCAUGAUUUGGAUAUGGAUGGGAGAUCAGGAGGAAAAUUCCAGGCCAAAUGAAGCACAAGGAUGCUUGUAAAUAAAUGGCUCCUGCGUGACCCAGUGUAUUGGAUGCUUAAGGGUUUUUAUAGGCAUAAAAGCAGGGAGGAAAAACUAGGCUGGAGCUAGACCCGGAAGGCUAAGCAGGAGCUUUAUUCUGGACUAUAGAAAGAAUUCAGGCCCAAACAAAUUUAAAAUGGGAGGAUGAAUGGAUGUGCCCACCCUUCCGAGCGGAGAGAAGAUAAUCAUUUGCAUUGUAAAGGUUAGCUGAAAAGGCCAAAGGGAGAGGAGGUGGGGAAAGUUCACGAGGGAGGCCAUUAAUUACAUUUUAUCUUGUGAGAGAAACUUGGUCCAAGCAAGGAGACCUGUUCGUGAACUAUGUUAGAGGUAAACUCGGGGGUGACUGACUGUGGGAUGUGAUAAGGGAAAUUGAUGAUUUUGACAGUCUCCCACCCAGAUAACUGGGGGAGGGGCAUCGCUGCCUUUAGAUGGGACAGGAGGACACAGGAAGAGAAAUAUUUUCUUGGUUGGAAGAAAAAUGGUAAACUUAAUCUAAGACCUCCACAAGUACAGCAGAAAUUCAGAUGGGUAACUCCGAAGGGAAGUACAGGAAAUAGUUUUUGAAGCCCUGAGGGCCAAUGGUAUCACUGUUGAAGGCUAACUCAGAAUGAGGGGUUUGAUUUCUCUCCCGAACCUGAAUUCAGUAGUUAGGGGCUGCUGAGAGGGCACUAUGUGGAGGAUCUCUAUCUCCAGGCUGCUCCACAGUCUACCAAGGAGCCCUGCUCCCGGAAUGCUAAGAGGAACAGCCUUCCUAACUUCUGCCCUAUACCUUGUCUGGGAGGGCAGUCCUAAAAUCCUGUAGCAGUGAUUCUCAAGCCUGUACAUCAUAUGGUUUGCCUUAUAUGAAAAAUUUAACAGGUUAGAGGAGAGAGAAAAGAAAAAAAAUUGUUCUAUUCUAAGUACUGUAUGUUUCUGUAGUCCGGCUCUAGUUUUACUGUAAUGGUGUGAGAGCUCUUUGCAAGAUUUACAUUUCUUUGGAUAUGUUAAGGUCUUCAUUGUUGUCCUGAGCAUGCUUAUUUUGAAAGAAAAAAAGUAAUUUGCAGAAUAGGAAAAUCUGAAAGUAGAGAGUAGCUCAGUGGUUAUCUAAAUUUAGCUGGAAGGGAUUGGGAGAUAAUGUGUGGUAGGUGCAAUGUUUUGAUUUGGGAUGGCAAAAGUGACCUAGAUUUGACUGCGAUUGUGGUUGUACAACUCUGCAAUGUGGGGGUCCAUUGCAUCUUGCAUUUUAAAUUCAUAAAUUACGUAAUAUACAGAUUUUUUGCUUCAUAAAGUUUUUUUUUUUAAAGCACUGGUGAAGAAAGUAAAUCAAGUAGGUCAUAGUGGAAAUUAAGUUGUAUUGGAAUUGGGAAGCAUGUGACAAUUAUUGAAAAACUAUGUGACCCUGUGGAUGUAAGGGAUUUACUGUGUAGUCAUGAAGUAUGAUCAGGAGGUGACUCUGGAGGCCUGACAGUAAAGAGAAGGAGAGAAAUGAUGCCAAGGUGCCAUUGAGAUUUUGAUAAUAGAGUGCUUGAAGAUCACAUAAAAAUACCUAGAACCAGUGUGCGUAAAUUCUUGAUAGUAAGGUUUUCAGUAACACCUAAGAGCAGUUUCUAUGGAAGCCUUGUCUAAAAGUUGGCUUUGUAUUCAAUGAUGUUCACAAUAUCUAUCUUUCUACCCACUCUGCUCUGAUAUGCGUUGUAGGGGAAUUGAGGAAAAGUAAGGGUUGUAUGAUCCUUGUAAGGAAAAAUUAGAGUGACAUGGCACUUCUGGGAGACAUUCUGAGACAGGGGAAUGACACUGACCCCUGAAGCACAGGUUCACAGCUUAGGAAAGACCUUCUUGGUGACAAGGGAGGGAAAUCAGUGGUGGUCAAUGUUAUGUGUUCCCAUGAGGCACUUUGUGUAUGCUGUCAUUACUUGAAGGUGUAUUCCUAGAGCUGUUAUCUUAGUUCAGUCUUCUGCAACAAAAAUUCCUUAGACCAGGUACUUAUAAACAAUAGAAUGCCUUUCCUACAGUUUUAGAAGCUGGAAGACCUAGUUCAAGGCACUGUUCUCCCAUGGUGAAGGGGUGAGAGAGUCCUCUGGAAUCUGCUUUAUAAAUUAAUGUUAAUCAUGGAAUUUCUGCCCUCAAGACCUAAUCACCUCCCAAAUGCUCAACUUUCUAAUACCUCAAGGGUUAGGAUUUUAACAUAAGGAUCUGGGAGCUCAAUUUUUGAAACUAUAGCAGUGGGAAAAAUGGCAAAUCAGAUUGGGUAAAAUAGGUCAUUGUGAUUUGUAGAUUCCACAUAGACUUGGAAUAGACACACUGAAGAAAACAUAGGAAUAAGAUGAGUAUGACAGUGUGGCAGAUUGAUAACAGGUGGUCAACUUGUAAUACCAGCUGAACUGAAUCAGUGUGGUGCUGCAUGUGGAUAGCUGCCUGAGGACUGUUGUGAAGAUAAUAAAGAGAACUGGAAAGGAAGAAAUGGUCUUGGUUUUCCUGUUGCCGAUGGCUCUCCCUGAGGAGUUUGUGGACCAUCUUUCCUGAUAUGAACUUGGCUGUUCUCAUUGUCAGAGGAGCUUGGGACCUUGUCACUGUAGAUGGCUGUGGUUCACUUUGGGGGAGCUCUGGUCCUUACUUCCUGGCUCUGGAGGGGAAGAUGGUGUGCUGUUCAAUCUCCAGGAAAAACUUGUCACACUAGCUUCCUGAUAUGAACUCAGCUAUUUUCAUCAUCAAAGGAGUUUGGAACGUCAUUAUUGAUGAGGAUGAGUGUGGUACUUUGCAAGGAGGGGUCAUGGUCCUUAUUUUGAGCAUGGCUUAUUGGCUCCAGUGCAGAACCCUUAGCCUGCUGGCACAGAACCUUCAUCGCACUGGUGUAGACUUUCGGGCUUCCACUACUGACCUUUGGGUCUUCCCAAGCACAGAUCCAUGAAAUAGACUUGAAUGAGUCAUUUUCAAGGGCUCUUGGUCUCUAGCUGGACUCAUGCAGAACAUUGCUGUGGGAUCUGGACUCUCAGCUAGAUUCCUUGGAUCUUACUGUAUGGACAGAUUUCCUGCACAUUUUGUAUUUAACUAUUUGGGUGACUAUUAUAAAAUAAUACCAUAAAUUGUGUUGUCAUGUUCCCUUAUAAAUCUCUAAUUACCACAGACAAUAACUUGGUGAAAGAAACAGGUAAAAUCCUAAUCAAUGGGACAUACUCCAUAACUACUGGGAAAAAGAGAAGGCUAUUAAUCUUGUUAUGGGAGGAGCAGAAAAGAGUACGGAAGGUAAUAUAACCUUCCUUGUCACCUCUUCGCUCUAUUCUAAAAAGGAACAGCAGAAUCCUUAACGGCAGCAGUAGUAAUAACCAGUGGUGGGUUAGUCAACAAACAUGUCCAUUAAGGUGAAAAAUGACAUGUAGGGUGAUGUAGAUGAUUUAGUUGAGUAAUAUGACAUGUCUGCUGCAUUUUUUUUUCUGAGAUUGUCUCUUUAAGUCUGUUGACUAGAACACUGUCUUCUUUCUUGCAAAAAUGAUACCCAGAAUGUGUGACUUUGGCUUUCCAGUUUGGGCAUUUUUAGAAUGAGUGCGAAUGUGAUACUAACAAAACACACUGCAUGUAAACUUCUCAAAUUAUACCAUCUCAGCCCUCACCAGAUUAAAAAAUAUUGUUGAUGUUCAUAGAGAAUUGCGGUUUUUUUUUGUUUGUUUGUUUGUUUUUUUAUGUGCUCAGUAUUUGUAGGAAUGAGAGAGCCCUGACACAGGGAACUGCUGAGCCAAGUGAUAAGGACAGAAAAGCCCCUUAUACAUAAGGGUCUUCCCUUGGGUCUGGGGUGUCAGUGGAGCUCCGUGUUGGAGCCUCUUGACUUCCUUGCAGAUGCAAAGACUGCAUGUACUUUCUAAAGUUUUUCUAGAUGGCACAAUGUCGGCAGUGCUUUUUAGGGAAUGGUUUCUAUUUAUGCAUUACAUUGGCAGUGAGAGCCAUCUCCUCUGUUUGUCUUUCUGUAAAUCAUUGAGGCUUCAGUUAACCAGGUCUCCUGGUGUCUCAUUCUCUGCCACCCCAUUCUUCCCAUCUUGAUUUUAGCCUUGGAUUCCUAGUAAAACUGCUAGUCCUGGCUUAGAAUACAAAAAAAAACUAUGAAAACCAAGCAAGCCCAAAUAAAGCUGUGUUAAUUACUAAAACCUGGUCAUGUUUACCUCUGCUUUUCUUUGUUCUUUAAAAUUAAAGAUUUUUAAUAAAGGAAAAGUAAAAUUUAAGAUUAAUUUUACAGUUUAUUGCAUUGGUUUGCAAUGUGUAUAUAGCUCUUAAGUAUCCAGCACUUAACAUUGUUCCUCUAAAGUCAUUUUUAAAAUUUGGUUUUGAAUUUUUAGCUGUUAAUGUAGGACACUUGACAGAUAACAUUAAAAUGUAUUUACAAGCACCAUAUAAACUAGAUGUAAAAUUACUAUGCUGUAAAAUAUAUGUAAAACUCUCAUGUUAUCUUUUUAUUUAUUUAAUUUUGUACCAGGAAUUGAACUCAUGAUCCUGCAUUUUCCAGGGAGGCGCUUAUGCCACUGAACUAAAUCCUCAGCCCCUCAUGUUGUCUUUUUAACUUUAAAUGGAGUGAGCCUUGUAAUACUGCAUAGCUACAUAUCUUGAGUAUCUUGCAUGAGUAUGUUUCUAUCUGUGUGUGUGUGUGUGUGUGUGUGUAUGUGUAAUUCCAAUCUUAUAGGACAGCUCUGUCUUGCACCUUUACAUAGUAUACUCAUUGCGUGUGCCCCAAAAUCCUCUGUUUAUCCAUCCUUUCUACUCAUAACAGUUUCUCUCUCUGACUUACAUGCUUGUGAUCUUUAUUCAGUUUCAACUGCCAUACAGGUUAGACAGUUUUUUACAUCUGCAGUUUCAAUUCCUAAAAGAAGUGAAUCACUCUUAUUUCUAUUUAUGCAGAGACCCUUUUGCCAGGCCUUGUUUAAGCCUAGAGACUGCUGCCCUGAGGAAUACCCAUGUCCUUCAAAUGUGGUCAGGAUAGAAGUUGACCAGGAGGCACAUGCUGUAGCUGGGGCUGUUUCCUAAGGGUUAACAGGGAGCAUGAAAGGCAAGGUCUUCCGUCACUUAUUCAGAAGAAUGUGCUGUAUAUACAUCCAGCCAGCUUACUUUGUACCAGUAUAUGCACAUUUCCAUUACUGGACUAUGGUACAGUUAUAUACAAUUCCCCCAGUAACAAAUUUCAGUUGCUAUAUGUAUUAGCCUGCUAGGGAAGCAAUAACAGAACAUCAUGUACUGGUGGCUCAAAAACAGAUAUUUAUUGUGCCUCUGUUUUGGAGGCUGAGAUCAAGAUGUCAGGUUUGAUUUCUUUUUUUUUUUUUCUUUUUUCCGGUAUCGGGGAUCAAACUCACGACCGCCUGCUUGCAAGGCAGGUGCUUAUGCCGCUGAGCUAAAUUUCUUCUGGGGUUCUCUCCUUGGCUUGGAGAGGACUGACGACCUUCUUUACACAAGUUUAUCUCCUGUAGGUAUUGUGUCCUAACCUCUGUGGCAGGACAGCAGUCAGGUAGGAUCAGGGACCACUCACGUGGCUUGUUUCACCUCAGUUACUAAUUUGCUGGCACUGUCUGCAAAUGCAGUCACACUUUGAGGUGCUGGGAUUUAAAACCUUAGCAUACAGAUUUUGGAGGGGCACCAUUCAGCAUGUGUAACAUUGCACCUUAAUAAUUGUGAGUCAUUGCGUGUAAAACACGGGUUUUGCUACCAGCUUUUCAAUCCUCAGGUCACUAGGAGUGACACUGCUUAUAAUGGCCAGUGACCAAUCAUAUCACUUCUUUCAAAUAUAUCUGUGAUUAAUCCAUGAGCAUCUGUUAGUCUAGCCAUAGAUAGUGCAGUGCGUGGUUCUGUUGCUUCCUUACCUCCAUCCAGGUGAUAACCUAUGGGGUAUUUUCUAAAAGUAGCAGCUUUUUCUAAAAGUAGUAGCAGCUAAAAGGAGAAGGAGUUGACCACCAAAGGUGAAAGCAUAGCAAAGAAAUAAGUAGUAAUCAGGAAGGGAAAUUGCUUCUGAUGAGGAGAUUUGAAAAUGACGAUAUCAAAAUGAAGAUCACAAGACUAGGGGCUGCCUGGAGCUAUUGUAUGAGCAUACUGAAAAAGUCCAGUGAAUAUAAAAAAAAAUUAAAAGGUAAAGUCAUCCAACAUAUUAGUUUAAAUUUCACUAGGAUCAGAAAGAAAUUUGUGGUUGAAACUGAGUUUUUAUAUCUACUUUAGAUUGAAGACUAGUAAUAAUAAAUCUCGAUCAGUUUGAGCAGUGUUCAGACCGAAGUGUUGAAAUUAGUUACCUUAUUGAAAGAAAGGGUAAUUACAUGGACACUAUAGAAAAACCUUUUGCAGAUAAAAACUUGUUUCAUUAUUUCAGAAGUUGACGUGAAUUGAUUGUUAAAACUAUCUUGUGAAACUGCUGAUGCACAUAAGGAUACUUUGUGAAAUUUGCACCCAGGCUCCAAGGAUUAGCGAAGGCAGGUUUAUAAUGAUCAUCAAAUAUUUAAUGCUGAUGAGAUGGACCUUUUGGAAGACAACUUAUGUGAAGAAAGAUGUAGGAUUUCAAAAUCUCUAUUAAGGAGAAACUAGAUAUACAGACAGGGAACUUAUUGAAAAAGGUUAAGAUGUCCCAGAGGAAGUACAACUGGCCAAAAAACUUGACAUUAAAGGAGCUCUGAGGUAUUUCACAGCACUGAAAGGGCAGAAUGAUCCAAAUUUAGGACGAGGGCAGUUUGCCAAGGCAUAGAAAUGAUGUUUGGUUCAUGUCAUAAGUUAUUUCAAGAGGAAAAGAAGGCAAACACUAUUCAAAUUGCUCCUGAUAAAUUUAUUACAAAGAAAGAAAACACUUUCACAUUCAAUUUUUCUGAUGUUACGUUAGUGUACUAAGUAAACCUUCAUUUUAUUACUUUUUAUUCAGAUGCAUAACACUGACAAUAAAUCAGUUUUUAAUGUUUUGAUUUGUCUUUAAAAGUCAUGAACAACCAUAAUUUUUCCAUUGGUUAUUCAAUGGCUUUACACAUUCAACUUGCAUGGAUAUUUUUAUGGUCUCACACUUCCAUGCACAGUAAGGAUUAUGUAUGUUCUUUGUGUCUUUGCAUGCAUAUGUGUGGUUUUUGCUAGAAGUGUUCUCUGGAUGCACCGUGCUGUUUUUAUUUGCAUUAUUCACCUGAGUCUAGUAGGUAUAUCUUUGUUUUUUCAUGAUAGUUCAGACAUCAUUAAAAAUAACACUGUUGUAUACUAUAAAAUGGAAUGACCUGCUAGUGAAGGGUGCAGGUUAUGCAGCCAAAAUUCCAGAAACCAAAUACUGAGUCUGCUACUUAUUUUUGCAUUAUCAUGAGCAAGACAGCUCUUUUGCACUCAUCCAAACCUGAAUCUGUGGACUGCCAUCGUAAGCCUAUGUUGUAAAUCCUCAUACAUUUGUAUAUUUUGUGUUAUACAUAUCGGUUUCUCUAGUCAUCACUGACUGAUACAGAUUUUGGUUCUGGGAUUAACUCUAGAGAAAAUUGCAAAGAUGAAAUUCUUUAAUAGCAUUAGUGGUUACUAGAAUUGGCUUUCCAAUUUGAUGGGACCUAGAAAUAGCAGUCUCUCCUGAUAAUAAGCAGAAUUCUGAUCACCUUCAGUUUGAGGUGUUUAAAGUACUAGGCAAUGUCGAUCCAUUUGAUUUUCCUAAUUCACCCUUGUUAGACAUAAGAAAUUUAGUGGUACCCCUAUGAAACUUUUGGGUAUUUUUGACAGAGUAGGAAGUAUAAUGGUACCUGUUGGUUGGUCUUAGCAUCUCUAGUAAAAGAAAACAAGGAACUCAAAACACCUAUAGGAAAUCUAGUAUUCUAACCAUGAAGACAAAUUAAGAAAGGAAGAGGAGGAGCUCAAAUAUGCAAAUUCCAAGCUCCAGACACAUAAAUCAUCUAAAUCUCUAAGUGUGUCCUGAAAGAGAAUCUCCUCUCCUUUAGCCACAGGACUAACAUUGCAGAAACCCAAACACAGGCCUUCAUCAUUUGAUUGGCUCAAGUACAGUAAAUUUAAUGCUUGCCCUCAAACAGUAUUGGAUGUAAAGCUAAGGGCUCUGAGUAGAAAAGAAUGGGAUCCUAUAAACCAGGAGAGAGAUGUGUGGGACGAUCCAGACCAGGGCUAUGGGUGUUGAGCUCCCAGACCAGUGGUGGCAUAGCACAUACAUUAUUUGUUUUUCUUUUAAGUCCAAAACUGUUAAUGUAUGAAUUGUUUUUCUAAACUAAAAUCUUGGUAUUUAGGUUUAAUUACAGUAUUUGAAUUUGGCCAUAAAUAAGUGGGCUGUGGGUUACACUUUGAGCACUCAUCUGUAAAAAGGUUCAUCGGCACUGUCCUAGACUCUAAUGAGAUUAUUUUUCCAGAGGAAGAAAUUUCCCCUACUCCCACCCUUUGUGGUGUUGGCCUCUCCUAGUAUACCUAAAACUAAUCCUGUGUCAGGAUCAUGCUGUCUCUCCUCAGUACCCACCCUCACCACCCACUUGUACCUCUAGAACUAUCACCAGGCUCAAAUCACAGAAAGCUCUUAAGAAUGAGAGGUACAUAGUGUGACUCACGAGGGGGUCUGCCUGUGUCCCAAAGAACUCAACUCUUCUAACUCUUAUAAAUAGACCUGAUGAACAAGUUUGGGAAUGGAUUUUACAGGUGCAGGAUAAUGAUGGAAAAAAACAUACAACAAACUGAGUUUGUCAUUGUGGAAACAACUGCAAGUUGUGGAGUAAAAAAGAUGUAAAUGGUUUAUUCGACUGGGUUGGCAAAAGUGUGGAUCAAAAGAUGGCUCAUUAUGAAUGAGUUAGCACAUACAUUAUUUGUUUUUCUGUGGCUUACUGUUGAUGUGGGGAUUCAAAAGCUCAGGGACACAGGAAUGCUGGAGUGAAUUUGUCAUGUUAAACCUAAUCCUCCUCCCUGGGAUGAUCUAGAAGAUGUACCCUUUACUAACACGUUGAGAAACAGAUUCAUGAAGGGAGCUCUGUCACUGCUAUUCUUUGUAUGCCAGACCUUGCAGUGGGGCCAAGAUUAUUCAAUUGGAAAACUUAAGGGCAAUGUGUUUAAUUGGAUCCCAGACUGGCAGGGAUCAAGUGGCAGCACUUAAUUGCCAAAGGCAGGAUGCACACACUUAGCAUAAUGGACAGCAGAAGCAGAACAAUGAUUGGAAUGGUCUGGCACAUGUAGGUCUGUCUACAUCACUGAUUCCUCAGUGUUCCUGAAAGUGAAGUAGAAAGCCUACUAGAUUUUCACUACGUUUGUGUAAUCAAAAAAAUUUAAAAUUUAAAAUUUUUUAAAAUUAAAAAUUUCUAGGGGCAAAAAACCCCUAGAAAUCUUCUUCAAAUAGUAGUAAUAGAUAAUCACAGCCUCUCAAGCAGUUCCUAGAUUUGAGCCAGUUUACAGACCCAAAACCUCUUGAAUGAAGGUGAUGCUGCAUCCCCUUGAGGAAAAACCCAAAUAUACUACCAACAAUUUUGUAGUCAUUCAUUCUCCAAUCUUUCCCCAAAGGGACCUGAGACCUUUUACUAGAGCACUGUACAUUCAGAGAAGGGAAAUGAUCAAAAUUUUGGGGACUAUCAGACAUUAGUUAUGAACUAACACUAAUUCCAGGGCAUCCAAAAUGUCACUGGGGCCCUCCAGUAAGCGUAGGGGCUUAUGGAGGUCAGGUGAUCAAUGGAGUUUAAGUAAAGGUCCAAUUCAUAGUGGACCCAGUAGGUCUUGGAAUCCAUCCUAAAGGCAUUUCCCCUGUUCCAGAAUGCAUAAAUAGGGUAGAUACACUUAGUACUUUACAGAAUCCUCACAUCGGUUCCUUAACCUGUAGUGUGAGGGCCAUUAUGAUUGGAAAGACCAAAUAGAAGCCAUUACAGCUGGCUUUACAUGGUAAAACAGUAAACCAAAAACAGUAUCUCAUCCCUGGAUUGUAGAGAUUAGUGCCACUAUCGAGGGCUUGAAGAAUGUAGGGGUAGUGGUUCUCACCACAUCUCCAUUUAAUUCUCCCAUUUGACCACUCCAGAAGAUGGACAGGUCUUGGAGAAUAAUGGUAGACUACUGUAAAGGGAAUGAAGCAGUGACUGUGAUUGUAGUUAUUGUACCAGAUGUGGGUCCUUGCCUGGGCAGAUUAAUAUAUCUGCUGGUACUUGGUGUGCAGCUAUUGAUUUGGCAGAUGUCUUCUACUUCAUACCAUCCAUAAGACUUAGCAGAAACAUUUUGUGUUCUGGCAAGGUCAGCAGUACACCUCACUGUUCUACCUCAAGAUUAUAUUACUUCUCCACCCCUAUAACACAACUUUGUUUGCAGGGAUUUUGAUCACCUUUUCUCCCACAAUAUAUCAUACUGAUCCACUACAUUAAUGACAUUAUGCUGAUUGGACCAAGUGACUAGAAGAUGGCAACCUUUCUGGAUUUGUUAAUAAAGCAUUUGCAAGCCAGAGGAUGAGAAAUAAAUACAACAAAAUUUAAAGUCCUUCUACCUCAUUGACAUUUCCAGGAGUCCAGAGGUGUGGGGCAUAUAGAGAUAGAUAUUCCUUCCAAGGUAAACGAUGAGUUGCUGCAUCUGGCUCUCUCUACAACCACAUAAGAGGCACAACACCCUACUUGAGGUUUAGAGGCAACACAUUCCUCAUUUAGGUGUUUACUCUGGCCUGUUUUCUGAGUGACUUGGAAAGCUGCUAGUUUUGAGUGGGACCCAGUAUAUGAAUGGCUGUGCAACCGAUCCAGGAUGCUGUGCAGGCUGUCCUGCUCCUGGGGUGAGGUGCUCAAAAGACAUGAUCCAACAAAUUCAAUUGUAUUUGAAGUGGCAGUGGCAGGUAGGAGUGCUGUUUGGAGUCUCUUGCAGGCCCCCAUAGGUGAAUCACAGUGGAAGCCUUUAGGAUUUUGGAGAAAUAGUCUGCCAUCAUUUGUAGACAAGUACUCUCUCUUUGAAAAACAGCUCUUGAGAUGAGGAUUUAGCUCAGUGGCAUGAGCACCUACCUGGUAAGUGUGAAGUCACGAAUUUGAUCCCUGUUACCCUACCACCACCAAAGGAAAAAAAAAAAAAAAACAACAACAACAAAAAAAACCCAGCUCUUACCCUACUCCUGGGCCUUAAUGAAAACAGAAUACUUGACCAUGACACAACAGCUUACCAUGUGACUUGAGUACCCAUCCUGAGCUGGGUCUUAUCUAUCAAGUCAUGAAGUUGAAUGUGCACAGUAGCAAUCCAUCACUAAAUGGAAAUGAUGUAUAUGGGAUUGAGCCAGAGCAGGUCCAGAGUGCAUAAAUAAAUUACAUGAGGAAGUUUCUCCAAUGCCCGUGGUACUCCUGCUGCUAUAUUGUUAUCUGUCUCCCAAUAUGCAUCUGUGGCCUCACGGGGUAUACCAUAUGACCUGUUGCUAGAAGAGGGGAAGGCGGGGGCUUGGUUUAUGGCUAGUUCUGCAUGUUAUGCAGGUACUGCUUGCAAGUGGACAGCUAUGGUAUUACAGCCCCUUUCCAGGACAUCACUGAAGGACAGUGGUAAAGGGAAAUCUUCAUAGUGGGUAGAAUUUGGGGGUAGUACAUUUUACCUAGAAGGAAAAAUGUCCAAUUAUGACUGAAUACUGAUUCAUGGGCUAUAGCCAGUAGUCUGGCAAGAGAAUCAUGGAAUUGUAAGGAAUGUGACUUUAAAAUUGGUGCCACAGAUCUUUGGAGAAGAGGUAUAUGGACAGAACUUUCCAUUUGGAUAAUGGAUGUGAGAAUAUUUGUCUUCCAUGUAAACACUCAACAAAAAAUAAUCUCAGCAGAAGAGGACGUUAACUGUGAAGUGGAUGGGAUGACCUAUUCUGUAGAUAGUGAUUGUUAGUGCUUGUCUUGAGAUGUUUCCUCAAAGCCUCGUGGUCAUAGGUGGGGCUUUUUCACAGGUGGCUGGAUCUAGAGUGUUUGGCAUUGGAGUUGAUUCCUGGUGCAAUGCUGUAAGUAGCCUGGAUAAGAUAAAAGGACAGAAAGAGCUGUGGUCCUCCCUUGUUGCUUUGCUACCUUCUGCCUGCCAUAAACUAUUUCUCCUCUAUGAUGCCGUCUUGCUCUUUGGAGCCAGCUGAUUAUGAACUGAAAGCUCUACAAACUGUAAGCUAAAUAAACUUUUCCUCUUUUAACUGAGUGUUGGGUAUUUUGUCUUAGCAGCUAGAAAAGAAACUGAGACAAAUUUGUUACCAGGUAAGUAGGGUAGUUUUGACUGUACCUAACUCUGUGAUUCAGAAACCUUUGGGACCUGGCUUGUGGGAAGAGUUUGAAAAGGUUUGGAGAUGCUGGCGAAAAUGAUAGUACUGGAACAUUUUGGGCUAUACUUGAUGAGGGAUUCCAGUCAGAGCUCAGAAGACCAGGCUUGGGAGAUUUCUGCUGGGAAGAAUGACUGCAUUGGCUGUUGGACUCCAGACGAUGUGUGUUAUAUCUUGGCAGAAAGUUUGUAUUUUGCUUAUUAACAUACUUUUGCUAAGACAAAGAUUAAAGGUGGCAGACUAAUUUUGUAGAAAAACUUUGAGGGCAGUCUAGUGUUAAGAGAGUGGCGUGGCUACUGUUCGGGUUUUUUAGACAGAUUUAUGUUUAGAAUCAAGAGCAAAGAGCCCAACAGAAUGAUUCAAAACAUUGUAAGUUAGACCAGAAAGGAAGCUCCAGUACAUUGUAGUCUACAAAAAUGACACUGAGGAGAAACUGAUCUCUGAAAAGACUAGUAAGAAAAAGCCAAGUAUUUACAUAGAAAGCAACAAUAAAGAUGGCCUGAGGACAUGGCAAGAAGUACCAGGACUCUAGUCUUUUCGCAGCCUCAGAGUUGCAAAGAUGAAAGCCUGCUUUGAGGUGAGUGUCCCAGAGCAUCAUGUUACAGAAUGGUGACAGUACAGGAAUUUUUUCCUUGGGAUUUGGUUCAUAGGCACUGGACUGCUACAGCCAAGAGAGAAGGCAUCUUAGCUUUUCCUCCAGCUGAUGGCAGACCUUAGCAUCAUCCGUGUGGUGCUGGUUUUUUAGGAACAUGUAAAAUGUAAAAGUUGAGGGGUCAGGAAGGUUUCCCUGGAGAUGUCAGAAGAAGGCCUGGGAGGCCAGGUAGUGUGUUCCUGAGGCAGCAGUGUGUAAAGCCAGAGAUGCAGUAGGAACCCCAGAAUUUGGGAACAUAGAUCCUCUGAGGAAAACUGGGAGGGAGCGGAACCACCCCCAAAGAGAAGCCAUGGAAACUAUAAACACUGGCAGUGCCAUAGAGGUAGACCCUUUGGAGUCUACCACAUGCCCCAGAUUGCCAGGGAUACUGGAAGUGGAGCUGAGGGAUUUACUGUUUGCCCUGUUAGAUUUUGGUCUUGCUUCUUUCCCAUUCUUUGCUAUCCUCUUGUUUGUAACUUUUGCAAUAGAAAGGUCUAUCUUGUGCCACUGAAUGUUGGAAACAUUUAACGUUCUUUUUAUUUGUACAGAGGCUUGUAGCUAAUAAUUGGCCUUAAAUCUCAGAGGACACUUCGGUCUUGGACUUUUCAGUAAUCCUGAAACUGUUAGGACAUUUGCAUGUCAUGGAGAUGAACUAAAUGUCUUAUGCAAAAAGGGAUUAUGCAUGAGUCUUUGAGGGACCAGGAGCAGAAUGUUAUGGCUUAUGUUUAGAUGUCCUCCAAAAACUUCAUGCAGUCUCAUAGUGGGACUUUUUCAGAGGUGGCUGGAUAUAGCAUGUGUGGCACUGGAACUGAUUCAUAGUGCAAUGCUAGGCUCAAGGGCACUAGGAUUAAGGCUGUGAGUGCUACUUACCCUAAGUAGUCUGGAUAAGAUAUAAGGGAUAGAAAGAGCUGUGAUUAUCUCUUGUUACUUUGCUGCCUUCUGCCCACCAUGAACUGUUUUUCCUCUGUGAUGAUACUUUACCUUAGAGCCAGCCAAUUAGGGACUGAAACCUCUACAAACUAUGAUUUAAAUGAGCCUUUUUGCCUUUAAUUUUGGGUGUUGGGUAUUUUGUCUUGGCAACUGGAAAAGUAACUAAGACAGCAGUCAGUCUCUCUCUUCAGCCACCCCUGUCAUUUCCCAAUGGGCUCAUGAGGUGGCAGGAUAAAAGUUGUGCAUGGGUGCAGCAACUUGAACUCUCACCCACCAAGGCUGAUUUGGCUCAGCCACUGCUGAAUGGUCAAUAUGCCAACAGCAAAUACCAAUACCAAUGCUAUGUUCCUGAUAUGGAAUCAUCACUGAUAUUAGGUUGAUAAUAUUGGACUGCUUCUCUCAUGGAAAGGAUGGUGCUUUGUCCAAACUGGCAUAGACACUUAUUCUGGGUAUGGAUUUGCACAUGCAAUGCUUCUGCAAACAUGCCUCCAUGGGCUUAUAGAAAGCCUUAUCUACCAUCAUGGAAUUCUAUACAGCUUUGCCUCCAGCUAAGGAACACAUCUUAUGGCUAAAGAAGUGAGGCAACGGGCUCAUGCUGAUGGAAUUCUCUGGUCUUGUCAUGUUCCUCAUCAUCUACACGUGGCUGGCUAGAUAGAUGGAGUGGUCUUUUGAAGAUGCAGUUACAACACCAACUAGGUGACAAUAGUCUGCCAGGCUGGGGCAGUUCUUCAAAAGACUAUAUAUGCUUUGAAUUUGUGUCCAUUAUAUGAUACUGUACCCCCCCCCCAUAGCAAAGAUUCACAGGUCCAGGAAUCAAGGGCUUUCAGAGGGAAUAGUACUACUCACUAUUACCCCUAGUAAUGCACUAGCAAAAUUUUUGUUUUUUGUUCCCUCAACUUUAUGCUGUGCUGCCCUAGAAGUCUUAGUUUCAGAAUAGAGGAAGGCUUGUACCAGAAAGUACAACACUGAAGUGGAAGCUAAGACUUUCUCCUGGUCAUUUUGUUCUUCACAUGCCUGAGUUAAACAAGCUAAACAUGGAGUUAUGGUGUUAGUAGGAGUGACUGACCCAUACCAUCAAAGGACUAUUGGACUAUUACUCCAAAACAAGAAAAA